UUACAUUUCUAUUCAACUUUCUCUUUCUUCCCUCCCACGAGGAAGUUUCUCGAGAAAAAUUUCUGAUUCUGGGAAACUCUGUGAGAAAGUCUCGUACAAUUUCAUAGAUAAGAAACGCAUCGCUUUUAAUUUGCUUCUUCUCUCAUAAUCAUUCCAUUUAUUCUUUUCAUUUCGGUUUCUCAAAGGGUAUUUGCAGUGAAGCUACAUAAACCCUAAGCCCUUUGGGGAUAAUUUUAGCAAAAUCAAAGAUGGAUGACAAAGUAACAAAAUCCUAGUGUAGGGUUAGGGUUAAUAACCCUAUUACUCAAUGGUUUAGUUCUUGGGUGCAGAUUUGGAGUUUUAAUUGUUUGUUAAUUUAGGGUAUUAGGUUUUCCUGGUAGAAGUUUGUCAAUUUUAGUAUUUCUUAAUGGCUUAUAGGGCUUAGAAGUUGUACAUAGAAGUUGUAAUUUGAUAUAAGGUAUGCAGGGUUCUAGACCUACAAGAUAAAAAUGGCUUAUAGGGCUUAGAAGUUGUACAUAGAAGUUGUAAGUUGAUAUAAGGUACGCAGGGUUCUAGAUCUACAAGAUAAAAAUGUCGAUUGCCAGUGUAGCUCUUAGUCCGGUUCUUGAAGAGUCUUUGAACUUUCUGGGGAAUUUCACUCAUCGACAUGCUCUGCCUGCGGAUGAGUCGAUCUUGAUUUUUUUGAGUGUUGGGGGUUCUGUGAUUCCCAUGCGUGUUAUGGAGUCAGAUUCAAUUGCUUCUGUGAAAUUGAGGAUUCAGAGUUUCAAAGGGCUAUUUGUGAAGAAGCAGAAACUGGUGUACGGAGGGAGGGAACUGGCUAGGACCAAUUCUCGUGUCAAAGACUAUGGGCUUGCUGAUGGGAAUGUUUUGCAUUUGGUGCUUAGACUUUCAGAUCUCCAAGCCAUCACUGUGACGACUGUAUGUGGGAAGGUGUUUGAAUUUAAUGUUGAGAGGAGUAGAAAUGUAGGUUAUGUGAAGCAGCAAAUUGCUAAAAAGGGAAAUGGGCUUGUUGAUCUCAAGGAUCAAGAACUGAUAUGUGAUGGUGAGGAGCUCGAAGAUAAGAGACUCAUAACUGACUUAUGUAAAAAUAAUGAUUCUGUCGUUCACUUGCUGGUCCGAAAAUCUGCUAAAGUGAGGGCUAAACCCGUUGAGAAAGAUUUUGAAGUGUCUAUUGAUGCUAAUAAUUUGAAGGAGAAGGUAGCUGAUGUUGCAGGAGAAUACCAGUUGGAAACACUAUUCACGGGAUGUGAGGUCACAGAUAGGAAAUUGUUACAAAGAGAUUUCCUUUUGGAACCUCUAGUUAUUGAUUCCAAUAUUGAUUUGCCAUUAGAAAUUAAAAAGCUAAUUGAAUCUACUUUUGAUGGGUUAGACAGAGGUUAUGGACCUGUUCGCUCCUCCGAGGGAUCAGGAGGAGCUUAUUUUAUGCAAGAUUCAUCAGGUCAGAAGUAUAUUUCUGUUUUUAAACCAAUUGACGAGGAGCCAAUGGCUGUGAAUAAUCCUCGAGGCUUACCCUUGUCGGAAGAUGGUGAAGGAUUGAAGAAAGGCACAAGAGUCGGAGAAGGAGCAUUGAGGGAAGUUGCGGCAUACAUUUUGGAUUAUCCAAAGGGUGCAUUGAGCUCUUCUAUUGAUAAGGAGAGAGGCUUUGCUGGGGUUCCCCCUACAGUUAUGGUUAAGUGCUUGCACGAAGGAUUCAAUCAUCCAGAGGGUUAUGAAAAUGCUGCCAAGAAUGUGAAGAUUGGAUCACUGCAAAUGUUUAUGAAGAAUAUAGGAAGUUGUGAGGAUAUGGGAUUUCGUGCAUUCCCGGUGGAUGAGGUACACAAGAUCUCUGUGCUCGACAUAAGGUUGGCAAAUGCAGACAGGCAUGCUGGGAAUAUAUUGGUCAGCAAAGAUGAAGAAGGUCAGAUCAAGCUUAUUCCCAUUGAUCAUGGCUACUGCUUGCCUGAAAACUUUGAAGAUUGUACAUUUGACUGGCUUUACUGGCCGCAAGCUCACCAACCUUACUCCCCUGACACCAUUGACUACAUUAACUCACUGGACGCUGAACGGGAUAUUGAACUUCUGAAGUAUCACGGCUGGGACAUACCACCUGAGUGUGCUGGGAUCCUUCGUAUUUCCACCAUGCUUCUGAAGAAAGGUGCAAAGAGAGGACUCACUCCCUUCGCCAUCGGAAGCAUCAUGUGCAGGAAAACACUGAAGGAUGAGUCUGUGAUUGAGCAGAUUGUUCAAGAAGCACAGGAAGCUGUGCUCCCAGGAUCAAGCGAGGAAGUGUUUCUCGAAUCUGUUGAAGUCAUCCUGGAUCGUUACCUUGACGAGCUGACCCUGUAAGGCCUCAGGAUGACUGUCUAGGUAUAUGGUAUUUCACUGUCCAUUGGGUCUUUUCGUUGAUGUUGUUUGUCACUGGAACUUGUUCUCUUAACUUGCUUUGUCUUUCGAUACAAUCAAGCCAUCGUGCAGCUAUCACUCCUUCCAUCUCUCUAAAAGAAUCUGUUACCUGGAUUUUAAAGUUUCCUAUUUUAAGUAGUGACCUGAAAAUAUUGUACUGUGAAUAUGCUGUUGCUUUCUUUCUUGCUUAUUUAUUUAUUUAUUUAUUUUAGUUUUUGAGUUGCA